AUGCCUAUCCUGAACGAAACGAACCAGCCCGAUGGGUCUACAGACUCCGGCCAACAUGCCGUGAACAGCUUGAAAAAGGAGGAAGAAUUCGAAAACUCUUCGGUGAAACAGCUUUCAAAGGAAGAAGAACAUGUGUUGCAGACAUUCCGCCUCUUGAUAGCAGAUCUCUGCCAGCAGUUCAACGGUGGCCACCCAGGAGGUGCAAUUGGCAUGGCAGCUAUUGGCGUCGCACUCUGGAAAUAUGUCAUGCGAUACGCACCACACACACCCACCUACUUCAACCGAGACCGAUUUGUGCUCUCCAAUGGCCACACCUGUUUGUUUCAGUACACGUUUCUCCACCUCACAGGCUACAAGGCCAUGACCCUUGACCAGCUUAAAUCUUACCAUUCAGACCGCGUGGACGCGCUGUGCCCCGGGCAUCCUGAGAUUGAGCACGAGGGCAUCGAGCUGACCACUGGCCCGCUAGGACAAGGCGUUGCGAAUGCAGUAGGGCUCGCCAUGGCGACGAAGAACUUGCAGGCCAUUUACAACAAGCCUGAGUUUGACAUUGUGUCGAAUCACACAUGGUGUAUGGCUGGUGAUGCUUGUUUGCAGGAGGGUGUUGCACUCGAGGCCAUUUCGUUGGCAGGUCACCUGAAGUUGAACAACCUUACGGUGAUUUACGAUAAUAAUCAAGUCACUUGCGAUGGCAGUGUUGAUCUCACUAAUACAGAGGAUGUAAAUUCCAAGAUGGAAGCAUGUGGCUGGAACGUUGUCGACGUCGAAGACGGCUGCUUUGACAUUGGGAGGCUUGUGCGUGUACUCAAUGAUGCACGGCAUUCAACCGAAAAACCAACGUUUAUCAACGUGCACACCAUCAUCGGUCUCGGAAGCGCGGUUGCAGGUGACGCUGCUGCUCACGGUGCGGCGCUGGGCGCUGCCGAUGUGGCAAACAUGAAGAAAGCCUACGGCUUCGAUCCAGAGCAAUAUUUUGUCAUUAGCGAACGAGUGCGCGACUUCUUUGCUGAUUUGCCAGGAAAAGGCCAGGAACUAGUUCAGUCGUGGGAAAAGACAGUGGAAGAAUACACGGCUAGAUAUCCAGAGGAAAGUACGGACUUCAAGCGCAGAGUUGAAGGUCGUCUACCCGAUGACUGGAAAGACUUGAUUCCAGUCUCGCUUCCAGAGACGCCAAUUGCGUCAAGGAAAUCAUCUGGGUUGGUGUUUAAUCCGGUUGCGGAGAGGAUUAACAACUUCAUGGUUGGCACUGCGGAUUUGUCGCCAUCAGUCAAUAUGAUAUGGAAAGGCAAGGUAGACUUUCAACAUCCUAAUCUAAAAACUACCUGCGGUAUCAAUGGGAACUAUAGCGGCAGAUAUAUCCACUACGGUGUGCGUGAGCAUGCCAUGGCCGCUAUAUCGAACGGCAUAGCCGCCUAUGCGCCCAACACCUUUGUCCCCGUCACAUCCUCCUUCUUCAUGUUCUACCUGUAUGCAGCACCUGCCGUUCGCAUGGGUGCAUUACAGCGUCUACAAGUAAUUCACGUAGCUACCCACGACUCCAUUGGCACUGGCGAAGAUGGCCCCACGCAUCAGCCCAUUGAGCUCGCCAAUCUCUACCGGUCUAUGCCUAACCUCUUAUACAUCCGCCCAGCCGACAGUGAAGAGACAGCCGGCGCAUGGAUAACCGCCAUCGAAGCCAAAGACAAACCCACCAUCAUAUCCACUUCGCGGCACACCCUACCCCAAUACAAGCAGACAAGCCGCGCCAAAGUCGCUCAAGGCGCAUACGUAUUCCAAGAAGUACAAGACGCAGACGUAACGCUCAUCGGUGUGGGCGCCGAGCUCAGCCACGCAGUCGAUGUAGCUCACGCCCUCAACGCAAAGAAUAUCAAGACUCGCAUCGUCAGCUUUCCCUGCCAGCGACUGUUCGACGCGCAGUCAAGGCAGUAUCAGCGCGAGACACUGCAGCGACAUCGCGGUAUUCCUGCGAUUGUGAUUGAGCCAUUUGCGCCUAAUGGCUGGGAGAGGUAUGCAGAUGCUGCUGCUUGCAUGAAGACUUUUGGGCAUAGUCUUCCUGGUAAGGCGGCGUAUAAAUAUUUUGGCUUUGAUGCUGCUAGUUUGGUGAGGAAAGUAGAAUCUUAUUUGCAACAGGUACGGGAUGACCCGUUGCUCAAGGGGGAAUUUGUGGAUCUUUGA